AUGGGACGUUUAUCAGAAUUCAUCGCAUCUUCAUCAUCAUCUAAACCGGACGGCCCUCCCCCUCCCGCAUAUCACGACUCUAAAGCUGUCAUACCACCUUCACCCGCUCCUCAAGUACAACAACAAUAUCAACAGUCAGAUCCUCCUCCUCCUUUCCCUCAUCUAUUUGCAUGUCUACAUCUAGGUAGAAGAGAUCGAAUUAGAUUGAUUGGUUUACCGCAGAAUGCCGUUCCGGCAGUCGAAGAAGCUAUAAGAAGAGUUUGGAUGGCAGGCAUACAAGCUUCGACCCCGUAUCAUCAUGGAUGGGAAUGGAAAUUGAGUGGGAAUCCUUGGUCUGGUCAAGGAGCCGAAGCGGUCUAUUCGCGACGACUUAUGUGUCAUGUUCUUCAUGCUUUAUCGGCUAUUGGAUGGGACUUACACAUGGCAUGCGAUCUAACCAAGAAAGGGUACGAUAAGGAUACUUUGAUGCUGCAUUCUGUUCCGCCGAGACAGAAAUAUUACUUCUCGAUAAGUUUUAAUGAGAGCGAUAAGAUCAGGAUCAUUGAUCCACCUGAUGCAUUUGUCAGAGAUGCUUUCCUGAGAGCUGUUCAGUCUUGGCCAUUAGGUAUCCAAUCUCAAAUUGAGAAAGAACCAGGAGCUACGCAAGUGAAACUUCGUGGUAAUCCAUGGUGGUCUUCUGACGGUUCACAAGUUGUUCAAGCUAGAUUAUUAGCUUGUACCGUUUUGUCUGCUAUGGAAAGUGUAGGUUUUGAAUUGGUUGGAAGUGUAGAUAUGAGUAUGGGUAGUGGUGAUGGUAGUUACGAUUUGGAUACUUGGUUCUUCGCUUCGAAAGUAUAA